GUGCAACCAUGAAGGUAAUCAGUACUAUGAUAGUGAAACAUGGCAACCAGACACCUGUACCUUGUGCACCUGCGAGAAGGGAGUGACCAGGUGUAACGUGAUGUCAUGCCCACCAAUCAAACAAGGCUGUACUGCUCAGUUCAUUGAUGGAAAAUGCUGUCCAGAAAUUACCUGCCAAUCAAGCUCAGUCAGCUGCUCUUUGCUUCCAUGAGGGCACUUGGAGAAGCGAAGGUGACACAUGGAACCAGGGCCGUUGUGAUGUCUGCAACUGUGUCGAUGGUGUUGUCACCUGCAACCCAAUGACUUGCCCACAAGUGCAAGCCAGUGCAGGUUGCCACGUUGUCCAGCAUAAUGGAUUCUGCUGUCCCGUUAAAGUUUGCAGAGGCUCUGAAACACAGUGUGUCACUCCAGAGCUGACAAUUGCCAAUGGAGAGAACUACACAAUCAGCAAUCCACUGCCAGCAGAGUCAGGCCAUACAUGGUCGUCACCAAUGACUGUUACUGAGCGUGCUCACUGUACUUGCAACAUGGGACGUCUAACAUGCACAAGGAGCGCUUGCCCCGUUGCUCAAGAUCCGUGCACAACAGAGCCACAGGCUAUUGGUGUCCAAGGUUGCCCAAGCAUUACUUGCCCAUAUGUCAAACCUGGAGUUUGCCCGAUUCCAAGACCUGGAUCGGUAGGUACUUGUGACCAGCAAUGCACACAGGAUUCCGACUGUCAAGGGGCUACAAAGUGCUGCAGCAACGGAUGCGGAACGGCAUGCACUAAUGCAUGGAGAGCUGGUUGUGUUGAUGAAGUAGGAACAGAAAGAACAAGUGGAGAUGUAUGGUACCAAGAUCUGUGCACCAUCUGUAAUUGUGUCAACAAUCAGUCUAUCUGUGAAGAACAACAGUGUGCUGAAGUCCCUCCAGGAUGCUCUAUCAAACUGGUUGCUGGACAGUGCUGUGGUGAGGUUGUGUGCCAGCCCUCAACCACUGCCCAAGUUGCCACCUGUGACUACGAGGGCCAGAACUACAUGCCCGGAAAUACUUGGAUUGUUGAUGAUUGCACAACUUGUCGCUGUGACAACGGACGCACAGUAUGUGAUAGACAGACCUGUCCAAAGACCAGCAAUUAUGGUUGUCGAAUGUUGUACAUUCCUGGAAAAUGCUGUCCCGAGAAGAUUUGCAAAGAACCUAAGAGUUGUCUGUAUGACGGUGUCUAUUACCUAAAUAGUGAAAAGUUCUACGUGUCAGCUUGUGAAGAGUGCGAGUGUCUCAACGGCGUUGUGACAUGCAAGAAUGAGACAUGCCCCACGCCAACUGGAUUGUGUACCUACGAAGUACCAGUGGGUGUUAGUGCUGAGUUUAGUUGCUGUAUGAACAUCACAUGCCCCCUGACUGGCCCUGGUCAGACCUGCCAAUACAAUGGCAAGGUGUACAACUACAACGAGGUAUUCAUGCGUGAUGCAUGUACCAGGUGUAAAUGCAACGCUGGUGAAGUGACCUGUACCACGACCUCAUGCCCACAGGUCAAUCUUGAGGCAGGAUGCCGUGCUGUUCCCGUCUUUGGAAAAUGCUGCCCACAGAUUACAUGCCGAGAUGUUCACAGCUGUAUUGUAGCAGGAGUGGAGCAUCUGAAUGGAGAGCAGUGGAACAAGGACAAGUGCACCAUUUGCCGAUGUGAUCACGGGAUGACGCUCUGCACCAAGAGAACUUGCCCCAUGCCACGACCUGGAUGUAAUUAUGACCUCACAAGCCCAAGCCUGAACAAAUGCUGUGGUCCAAUCAAGUGCCCAAACAGUCCAGGAUAUAGGAAGUGUACUGAUGAAACUACAACUGUCCGUUACAACCAUGGAGAAGUGUGGAUGCGUGAUUCCUGUACACAAUGCCAGUGUCGUCAUGGAUACACCAGGUGCAACGUUUUCACAUGCCCAACACAUGUACCAGCUGGAUGCCGUACUCUGAACAUUGAAAGACAAUGCUGCCCUCAUGUGCUGUGUGAUUCAGUGAAAGUGGGCCAGUGCCCAGCCCACAACCCUCUGAUGGCUACCGUCACAGUAGAUAUGUGUGGCAGUGAUGCUGACUGUGCUGGUAAUUCCAAGUGCUGUAACACACAAGCUGCUAGGACCUGUAUGUCAUCAGUUAUAUUGGAACGACCUGGUAUGUGCCCUACGACCCAACCAACCUCUAGUAUCCUGCGCAAGACAUGCGUCACAGAGUGUACUGCAGACAGUGAAUGCGGUCAGGAUUGGAAAUGCUGUAGCGAUGGUGGAUGUAGUCGUAUCUGUCGCCCUCCUGUUUCGCAUACUGAGCCUACUGAUCCAAUGCAGCCCAUUGUUCCACAGGAACCCUCUCCUCAGAUCCCAGACUUCAACACCAAAGAAGGCGUAUGCCCUAAGAUCACAAUCACCAGAUGGGAUCAGACAAUCUGCUUGGCUGAAUGCAGCGUGGACACUGACUGUAUUGACACUAAGAAGUGUUGCUCUUCUGGUUGUAGACGUACCUGUGUAAUGCCACUACCAACCAACACUGUUAAGAAGGGACUAUGCCCAAUUGUACAGCCUCGUGCCACAUGCCAGAGUAAUGUGGAUAUUUGUGGUGUAGAUAAUGAAUGUACAGGUAACAAGAAAUGCUGCUACAAUGGCUGCCAUAUGGAAUGCAUGGUACCUGAUGCUCCAGUGAUCUCAUGUCCAGUUGUUGCACCAACUUGUAAUGAAGUCUGCACUGAAGGCUAUGCUACUGAUCCAGAAGGCUGCGAGAUCUGCUCGUGUGCACGUACUUGUGACCCAAUCAACGCACAGACUUGUAGUAAGGAAUGUACCUUUGGUUACGCUACUGACGGUAGAGGCUGCAAGAUCUGUAGUUGCAAGAACCCAUCUUUCCCAGAGCAACCUGCAAUCAAGACAACCAAUGGCAAGCCAGUGUACUGUGAGGUGUUGACAUCCACCACAUGUCUUUUGAAUUGUGUCAAUGGCUUCAAGACUGACUCAUCAGGAUGUGAAAUCUGCUCCUGCAAGCAAGCUCCUACUGCUUGCACCCCUCUGACAACCUGUGGUCUGUACUGCGCAUACGGACUGGCUACCAAUGCUAAUGGAUGUGAGAUCUGCCAAUGCAAAGUACCAGAUAUGAACAAGAGGUACUUCAAUCCAAUAAAGACAUUCUGUGAGAGGCCAGCUUGCUACACUCAAUGCCCAGAAGGCUACGCUACAGACUCGCAUGGUUGUGACAUGCGCAACUGUAUGUGCAAGCGACCAGUUUCUGACUGCCCAAGGAUGACACCAGAAACCUGUCCUGAGCGAUGCCCAUAUGGAUUUGCAACAAACACCCUUGGCUGUGAGGUGUGCAAGUGUAGACUUCCAGUGAAAUGCCCAGAUAUGUCCAGCUGUACGGAAACUUGUAUUGAUACCGGAUUCCAAACUGACAACUUUGGUUGUAAGAAAUGCAUGUGCAACCCACGCCCAAUAACCCAAUGCCCAUCAUUGACCAUUGAGGCAUGCCCUAUCAAGGAUAUGUGUGCAUAUGGCUUGGCUACAGACAACCUAGGAUGUCCCACAUGUAUAUGCAAAUUACCAGAAGCAACUUGUCCACCAAUGACCUGUGACCUUAGGUGUGAGUUUGGAUUCAGUACAGACAAAUCAGGCUGUGAAAUAUGCAAAUGCAAACAAUCUGGAUCCACAUGUCCAGUAAUUACCAACUUCAACUGUAAGAAAGUAUGUCCAUUUGGUCUGGCAACCUGCACUACAGGAUGUGAAAUCUGCGCCUGCAAGAAACCAGUCAGCAAAACCUCAAACAAAUUCCACUCCAAGAACAUGUAUGGAGCAACAUGUGACCCAGUGACCCCACAAAACUGUGCCUUGACUUGUACUGAUGGUUACGCAACUGAUUUUGGAUGUGAAAUCUGCCAAUGCCGUCAACCAGAAGCAAAUUGUCCAGUGUUGACCGAUAUAGCCUGUCCAAGAAAACUGACCUGUCCAUAUGGUUUGUCCAGCAACAGUCAGGGAUGUCCAAUUUGUGAAUGCAAACAGCCCAUUUCAUGCAGUGUAAAUGAAUGCACCACAGAGUGUCCAUAUGGCUAUGCUACAGACACCAAAGGCUGUGACAUCUGCAAAUGCAAGCUAGCACCAUCUGCAACUUGCAAGCCAAUGACAAUCCAUAAUUGUCAGAAGAUGUGCAGUUUUGGUUACGCUACUGAUGUUGAUGGCUGUGAGACCUGUGCCUGCAAGCAGCCAUCAAUCAAGACUGGUAUCACUGUGUCUGGAUCCCCAUUAUGUGAGCCACUGCCUAGUUGCCAGAUAACCUGUACCAAUGGUUAUGCAACUGACAAUAAAGGGUGUGAAAUCUGCUCUUGCAAAGCCCCUGUCUCCCGAUGUGGUGCUAUCUCGUACAGAAUCUGUCCACAGAAAACUUCCUGCCCCUUCGGCCUAGCAACCAACUCAGAUGGAUGUGAAAUUUGCUCUUGCAAGAUUCCAGCUACGUGCCCUAAGGUCGACCGCACCAAUUGUGAUCAACGUUGUGAUUUUGGUUAUGCCACUGAUACACAAGGCUGCGAAGUUUGCCAAUGUAAAACAUUCAAUCCACGAACCUGUUCUUUGGUACAUGAAUUCAACUGUCGUAUAUUCUGUCCUUAUGGUCUGGCAACCAAUUCUCUGGGUUGUGAAGUCUGCAAGUGCAAGUUACCACCCGGUCAAGAAACCUACACAGUUGUAUCUCUGAGACCCGAUAGCAGAUGUCCCAAGGACGCCCUCAAAACCUGUGCUUUGACCUGCCCCAAUGGCUAUGCCACAAGCAAGGGCUGUGAAGUCUGCAGUUGUAAAGAAACAGGACCACAAUGUACAGCAGUUACCCCAGAAGUGUGCCCCAAGAUGUUAAGAUGUCAGUUCGGUCUUCAAACCAAUGAUCAAGGCUGUGAAGUCUGCUUCUGUCGCCUACCAGCCCUCUGCAAAUCUCUAAAAACUUGCAAAGUACAAUGUGAAAAUGGUUUUGCAACUGAUAAGUAUGGAUGUGAAAUUUGUGAAUGCAAAGCAAUAGGUCCAACUUGUACCCCUGUCACCAACUGCAAUAUUGCUCAAAAUUGUGAGAAUGGACUUGCCACUGACCCAGUAACCAGAUGCGAAAUCUGCAGUUGUAAGAUGCCAAGAGCACCAACAUUCUAUAAUGAACCAAAUGCUGGAUCAAAGAACGUCCUCAUCCCAGAGGUUAAGACAUGCAGCUACUCACCACACCGCUCAUGUUCUCUAGUGUGCAGUAAUGGCUUUGCCACUGACUACAAGGGAUGUGAAAUUUGUAUGUGCAAGGUCAUUGAUAACACUGUAUGUCCAGUUAUCACUGAAGUAGUGUGUCCAAUUAUGAGGAGAUGUGAAUAUGGCCUGGCAACCAAUACUGAUGGAUGCAGCAUCUGCGCAUGCAAAGCACCAGCCAUGUGCAAGCCGGUUGAUGCCUCCAACUGUAACCUCCGCUGUGAGUAUGGUUAUGCCACCGACACCUACGGUUGCAAGACAUGUGCCUGCAAGAGCCAAUCUAUAACAUGCGUACCUGUUACAUCAGUGACCUGUCCACUCACCUGUACCCUUGGCCUGGCAACUGAUUCCAAUGGUUGCGAAAUAUGCAAGUGUAGAAUGCCAUGUGUUGUCAAGACAUUGAGUUUCCAGGUGCCAACUGAUGCCCAGCCUAACGCUGUGAUACCACAGAGCAGGUGGAUCCCUAACCUCCGUUGCUUCAACCUCAACAACUGCCUUCGCACCUGUCCUUACGGAUACGUCACCAACACCAUGGGAUGUGAAAUUUGUCAAUGCAGGAAACCACCAUCUCAGUGCCAGACUGUAUCAGUCACUAACUGCCCCAUCAAAGAAACAUGUCCUUAUGGUCUGAGAACUGAUGUAGAUGGAUGUGAAAUCUGCUCUUGCAAACAACCAACUCCUUGCAGCUCGCUGCCCUCAACCAAGUGUACAACUGUCUGUUUGAAUGGCUUUGCAACUGACACCGCUGGUUGCCCAGACUUCAGGUCAUGCAAGUGCAAACGAUCAGCCAGCUCACGUGUAUGUGAUUCUAGAAGAGAGGAAAUAAGAAACUGCAAGAAAUCCUGUGCAUAUGGCUACGCUUCCAACACCUUCGGAUGUCCAAUUUGCAAAUGCCAACAACCAACCUCCAAAGAGCUUUCCAACAAAGUUACUGUUUCCAGAACAGUGUUCACAACCCCUAACAGGCUUCCAACAACAUUCUACAAUGGAGUCAAUUCUGUGAAUUCUGUCAACUGCCCAUUGGUCAACACUGAAUCUUGCUCUUUGACCUGUGACUAUGGAUACGCGACUGAUUCCACAGGGUGUACAACUUGCAAAUGUAGAUCUAACCCAGCUACUUGCCUACAAAUUACUGCUGAGAUCUGCCCUCUGGUGUUGACGGCUAAAUAUGGCUUGGCUACAAGUGCUACUGGGUGCGACAUGUGUCUCGCUCGCAGACCAAUGACUUGUAACCCUGUUAACAACCAGAAUUGUGCCAACAACUGCUUGUAUGGCCAUGCCACUGACAACUUUGGAUGUGAAGUCUGCAAUAUGUGUGCCAAACCACCUGGUGAGUGCAUUGGUAUCCCGUCAACUUGCCAGAAGAACUGUAAUUACGGAUACGCCACCGACCCACAAGGAUGUCCCAUGUGCCUCUGCAGGAAUCCACCUAGUUACAAGACAUCUCGCAUCGUCAACUUCAAGCCUACUACCACCCCAAAAACUCCAACAGUUGCAGCUCCUGCACCCACCUGCCCAGAUCUUAACUGUGCUCUAUCUUGCUCUCAAGGAUAUGCGACCGACCCAACAACUGGAUGCGGACUCUGCAAGUGCAGCGGACUCAAUUGCCGUGAACGUGAGUGUGCCGGAAAAUGCCCAUUUGGAGUCGUCACAAACCGCAAAGGAUGUCAAACAUGUACAUGCAAGAAACCAAUAACCUGCCAACCGCUAUCCCAAUGCAAUUUGAACUGUCCACGGGGAUAUGCCACCAAUGUCCAUGGCUGUGAAGUGUGUUUGUGCAAGAAAAACUUUGAUGUGUGCCCAGAGCCGAUGUGUGAGAUAGAUGAGACAUUGAGAUGUUCCUUUGGAUAUGCAACGGAUGCUAAUGGCUGUGAGAUCUGUCAAUGCAAGAUGCCAGUGAUUUCUGUCAUACCCAUUAAUGCCACACCUGUGAAGUGUACCCCACUAACUGGCUCCACCUGUAGUUUGAGCUGUCCCAAUGGUUUUGCUACUGACACCACAGGUUGCGAAACUUGUCUAUGCAUCAAACCUGCUACUGAGUGUGGAAUAGCUGUCACUGAUUGCUCCAUUGCCAGUACAUGUCCAUAUGGACUGGCGACUGAUGACCUUGGGUGCACUGUUUGCAAGUGUAAAAUGCCAUCUUUGUGUCAACCAUUGCCAAGUAGCUGCAACGAGAACUGUGAGUUUGGAAUAGCAACCAACAGGUUUGGCUGUGAAAAAUGUGCCUGCAAAGAGUAUUCUCCUGGUGACUGUCCAUCUUUGACUACCUGUACUUUGAAUUGUCCUCUUGGUCUUGCUAGCAAUAAUGCCGGAUGUGAGAUUUGCAAGUGUAAAUUCCCAACUUCAGCUAUGGUGACAAUGGUAAGCGAACUGACACCAGUACAGGAUCCCAACCUGCCAACCACAGCUGGUGUCAAUGUACUAGCUCCAGCCUCGCCCUGCUCUCCAAUCCAGUGCUUUGUACAUUGUCCUCAUGGAUUUGUCACUGAUCCUGUAACCGGAUGCGAAGUCUGUGAAUGUCAGACAGCUCCAAGAUUCACCUGCCCAGCUGUUCCCCGGACUACUCACAGUAUGUGCGUGGACUUCUGUGCUUUGGACUCUGACUGUCCACCAAACGCCUUCUGUUGCUCCAAUGGUUGUGGAAAGACUUGUUUAGCUGCAACAUCCAAUGAAUGUAUUGAUGAAAAUGGUGUGUCUCAUGCUUCUGGCAAGGUGUGGAUGCGUGAUAGCUGUACUCGCUGCUCUUGCGACCAAGGUGUUACAUCAUGCUCUGCCUUUAAAUGUGAACCAAUCCCACAGGGAUGCCAACCAUUCUACAUCACUGGACAAUGCUGUCCCAGCUCAAACUGUCCUGACAAGGUAUGUGUGAACCAAGGCACCUGGAUUGAGGACACCUGUACUAACUGCACAUGCGUUGAUAACGCCGCAGUCUGCACCAAACAGUCGUGUCCAGAAAUCAAACCUGGCUGCACUCCUGAAUACGUUCGUGGAAAGUGUUGCCCUGACAUGAAAUGUCAAGGUUGUCGCUUGGGCAACGGACAGAGUAUGCGUAAUGGAGAAACAUGGAACAAGGAUAAGUGUACCACAUGUCGCUGUGAGAAUGGUAACUCGGUCUGCUCCUCCACAACAUGUGAACAACCCAAGCCAGGAUGUAAGGUUGUCAGCCUCGUCAAUCAGUGCUGCCCUCGCAUCACAUGCCCAGCUGAAGGAUCCAGUACAUCUGCUGCCACCACAGUCGGUGAGCAGCCGUGCUAUGCCCAUCAGAAGACGGUGCCAUCAAUCAACUUCAUGGGAUUCUCCAUUCCAAUCACUGGCCACUUCUACCCAUCGUGCACGUCUAAUGGUUUCUAUGAAGGUAAACAGUGCCACACCUCUACUGGGUUCUGCUGGUGCGCUGAUCCAUUUGGGGUGGAGAUACCUAACACAAGAACUCAACAUGGAGGCUUGGUCUGUGAACAAUCCACUUGCGUUGAUCACCUUGGCAAACAACGUAUCCACGGAGAUCAAUGGAAACCAGACACAUGUACCACAUGUACCUGCGAAUCUGGUCAGAAUGCUUGUAUGCCGGUUGAAUGCCCCGUUGUUCCUCAAGGAUGUGUCAUCACCUCUACAGCAGGUUGCUGCCCAGAAUUCACUUGUGGAGAUGGCUGCACAGUAAAUGGAAUUCACUACGGUGUCGGAAGAUACUGGAAUGCUGACAACUGCCAGAGGUGUACCUGCCAGACCGGUGGUCAGCAACAGUGUGUCUCCCGUAGCUGCCAGGUGUUCAGUGACCCUAUCCCGGUUGGUUGCCAAGCAGUCUGGACUGAUGAUAUCUGCUGCCCUCGCUCUAUUGUAUGCAAUGGAGAAUGCCCCGCUGAUAAGCCAAGGUCAACAUGCAUCGUAAACCCAUGUGAUACAACACAAUGUCCACUGAACCCCAACGCUGUUUGUCGCCCCCAUUACUGUGGAGGAUGUAAUGCUGUCUUCUACAAUGUAAACAAUGUUCCCGUAAAGUGUACAAAUUGUUUGUCAGCCACCGGCAGAAUGUACCUUCCUGGUGAGGAUUGGGUGGAAGGAAGUUGCCGACUGUGUGCCUGUGACAUGGCCGGAAGAUCCGUAUGCUCCAACAUAUGCCAACUGCCAUCUACUGCUGCCAAUUCCCAAACUUGUGUGGAUACUUCAGGCCAAGUGUACUUUGCUGGACAAAAAUGGAACAACACCCAGUGCCAGACCUGCACAUGUGAGGCCAAUGGACAAAUCACAUGUCAGGCCAGGUGCUCAUACUCACUCACUGACCCUCUACCAACUGGCUGUAGCUUCAUCUGGACAGACGACAAGUGCUGUCCAGCACAGACAGUUUGUAAUGGACGUUGUCCAGCUGGUAUUGAAACCACCCCAUGCUUUAUGAAUCCAUGCCGCUCUGCCCGCUGUCCACUGAACCGUGCUGCCCGAUGCCGAAGUAACUACUGUGGUGGAUGUAAUGCAGUGUUUGUAAAUGAAGAAAACGUUCCUGUUAAGUGUACCGAAUGUGUAUCCAGCUGGGGUAGAGAGUACACCAGUGGAAGUAUGUGGAUUGAAGAUGGCUGUACAGAAUGUCUUUGCAGCAGAGAUGGAACUAAGACUUGCCGUGCCAUUCAGUGUCCAACUACCACUGACCCCAUUCCAAAUGGUUGUCGUCUGGUGCCCUGUACCAACGGCUGCUGUAACCUCAAGGUUUCAUGCGAUUGUGAAGUAAGCACCGCUAAUGUAAGAAGAUGUGACGCAUGUGCGACAGCCACCUGUCAAUCUCAUCCAAAUGCUGUUUGUCGCACGAACACUUGUAAUGGAUGCAAUGCUGUCUUCUAUGACGAGUUCAACAAACCUGUCCAUUGUCAAUAUCUGUCUCCUCUUCAUAACUGCCCUGCUGGGUUAGCUCAUAUGGAAUGUUUUGUAAACCCUUGUGCUAAUGCUCAGUGCCUGGCUCAUCCAGAUGCCCUCUGUCGACCCAACUACUGCGGCACUUGCCAUCCAGAGUUCUUUGAUGCCAACAAACAAUUAGUGAAUUGCGAACUCCAGCCUGAGUGCGCACGUUCCUGUAUGUCCAAUCCAUGUGAUACUGCUUCAUGCUCAGACCAUCCAACCGCCAUUUGCAGACCAAAUUAUUGCGGAGGAUGCGUCGCUGAAUUCUUCGAUGAAAACAAUCGCCAGGUUACAUGCGCAGAUUGCCCACCAUCCAAACCAAAACACUGGUGCUUCUUUAACCCAUGCGAAGGAGCUACCUGUUCCAACUAUCCAGACGCGCUUUGCCGACCCAAUUCCUGCGGUGGUUGCCAUGCCGAGUUCUACAAUAUUAACAAUCAAAUAGUUGAAUGUGCCAUUGCUCCAGUUCAACAAAUAAUGAUGACUACAUCAAUGCCAUCCCAAGUCAGUGGAAAUCCUUGUGACCCAAUGGCUGUUAAGUAUUUGACCGAUCCGAUAGUGACCAGCUUCAACCCACGGUGUACAUCAGAUGGCUAUUUCUCACCAAAGCAGUGUGACGGUCAAGGAGCUUGCUGGUGUACAGAUCCAACUGGUCAGCAGGUCACAAGAUACACCAACAGCCGCGCACAGGCCCUCAACUUGGAGUGUGCUCAAAGACCAUGUCACCAAGCCCUUCUCGAAGCUCAAACUAAUCUGAAUCUUGGUGUGUCAGCCACAUGGAUUCCAGACUGUGAUUCUGACGGUUCCUUUGAGGAAGAGCAGUGUAAUGAUGUUGAAUGCUGGUGUGUUGAGCCAGAUGGUGCUAAGAUUCCAUACUCAAUGAAAGUGAUUGGCCUAGAACUGAACUGUGAUGAUAUUUGUUUUGGUCAACUGCCGUCGUCCAGUGCAUUCUGUACUAUGAACGACAUGUGUGAUGCCAGUAGCUUCUGCCACAAACUAGAAGGCAAACGCCAAGGACGGUGCUGUAAAAUCCCUAGAAAUUGAAAGAAGAAUAAUGCUACGUCUGGCUAAAUCUUGCAAAAUUGUUACAGUUAGAUUCACACCGUGAAUAUAGAACACCAGAAGAUAUACUUAGAUGUUUUUGUUAAUAAAUUUUGUUUAAAAUAAAUGUAGACUAUAGAUAGAAGAGAUAGUAGAAUGAGUCUGUUUCACUUCCAUUUUAAAUUACAAUAUUCGAUUGUUAUAAAACCUAUUGUGUGUAUGUCGUGGAGACUGGUAUAGCGCCACCUAUGGCUCUGACUGCACGAUUUGGUUGACGUUUUAUGUCAAAAUUAGGCAAUCUGAUUUUGUCGAUCUAAAGCGGAAUGUGUUGUUGAAAAUAUCUGCAGGAUUAAUAAAUAAACGAAAGUCAA